AUGACAUCACCGGCGAUCAUUGGUGAUUCUGUAGGCGAUUUUUUCGACGUUGAUCUUACAGGAAGAACGUUCCUUAUCACGGGAACCACUUCAGGAAUCGGCACCGAGACGGCAAGAGCGCUUGCUCUGAAGGGUGGUCAUGUUGUCAUGGCAAAUAGAAAUAUUGUUCAGUCAGAUGCUCUGAAAGAGAGGAUACUUGCUGAAAAGCCUGAUGCGAAGAUCGAUAUGAUCAUGUGCGACCUUAGCUCUCUCCAAUCAGUACAAACAGCAGCGAACGAGCCAAUUCACGCACUGAUCCUCAAUGCCGGUGUAUUUUCACCCGUACAAAAAACGACCAUCGAUGGUAUGGAAAGCUCAUUUGGUGUGAAUCAUGUCGCACAUCAGUAUCUCGUCCGGGAACUUCUUCCAGUUUUGAGACAAUCACAUGCCAGGAUUGUCAUUGUGUCAUCGCAUGCACAUAAACAUACAGGGGUACGUUCAGUUUCUCUGAUACUAUGCGUAUUCAAAGCUGUGCAAUGUUCUCAUGGGUAUGAAGCUUCAUCGAGAAGAAAACAGGAAUGGUAUCUCUGUAUAUAUGCUACAUCCUGGAACGAUGAUAGGCACAGAUAUCUCGCGAAGUUACGGAGUUCUCGGGAGAUUUUGGAAUGUGGUCUCAAAACC